GCACCCGGCGGCCCGAUGUGGCUGCAGCAGCGGCUGAAGGGGCUGCCGGGGCUGCUGUCGAGCAGCUGGGCCCGCCGCCUGCUCGGCCUGCUCGGCCUGCUGCUGCUGCUGCUGUGGCUCGCGGGCUCCGGGGCGCGGCGCGCGGCGGGCGGCCUGCGCCUGCCGCCCUGGACCCGCGGCGAGCCGGGCGCCGCCGAGCCCGCCGCCUGCCUGGAGGCGGCCACGCGCGCCUGGCGCGGCCUGCGGGCGCGCGGGGAGGCGGCGGCCCCGGGCCCCGGCGUGCCGGCCCUGGUGGGCAACGGCUUCCUGGCCCUGGACACGAUCGCCAACCGGCUGUGGGUGACCCCCGGGGAGCGGGAGCCCGCCGUGGCUCCGGACUUCGCCCCCUUCGUGCAGCUGCGCCCGGCGAACGUGCUGGCCGAGGCCGGCGAGGCCGUGCUGCUGCUGCGGGAAGGGCUGCUGCGCCGGGUGCGCUGCCUGCAGCUGGGGACCCCGGGGUCGGGCCCCGCCGCCGCCGCCGCCGCCGCCGCGGGACCCGGGCCCGCCUCGGCCUCCGGCCUGGCCUCGGCGUCGGGCCGUGACUGCGUGCUGCUGCAGGAGGACUUUCUGGCCCACCGGGGCCGGCCGCACGUGUACGUGCAGCGCAUCCAGCUCAACAACCCCACGGAACGCGUGGCCGCGCUGCACACGGCGGGCCCCACCGCCGGCCCCGGCCCCAAGGCCUUCACCAGCACCCUGGAGAAGGCCGGAGAUCAUCAGUUCCUCCUCUACUCGGGCCGGUCCGCGCCCCUGCCCUCGGGGAUGGUGCACCUGGUGGUGGUGGCCGCCAAGAAACUGGUGAACCUGCUGCAGGUGGCUCCCAAGACGCAGCUGGACGAGACGGUGCCGUGGGUGGUGCACGUCUCCGGCCCCAUCAGCCCGCAGGUGCUCAAAAGCAAGGCCGCCAAGGAGCUCCAGGCGCUGCAGGACGCGGCCCGGAAGGAGAUGCUGGAGCUCUUGGAGAUGCCGUCAGCGCAGCUGCUGCAGGACCACCAGCGCCUCUGGGCUCAGCUGUUCAGCCCAGGGGUGGAGAUGAAGAAGAUCACCGACGCCCACACGCCAUCCGGCCUGACGGUGAACCUGACGCUCUACUACAUGCUGUCCUGCUCGCCGGCCCCGCUGCUCAGCCCAUCCCUGAGCCGCAAGGAGCGAGACCAGAUGGAGUCCACGCUCAGCUACGAAGACCACUGCUUCAGCGGCCACGCCACCAUGCACGCCGAGAACCUGUGGCCCAGCCGGCUGUCCUCGGCGCAGCAGAUCCUGCAGCUCGCGGACCUGUGGAGGCUGACCCUCCAGAAGCGCGGCUGCAAGGGGCUGGUGAGGGUGGGCGCCCCAGGCAUCCUGCAAGGCAUGGUACUCAGCUUCGGGGGGCUGCAGUUCACCGAGAACCACCUGCAGUUCCAGGCCGACCCCGACGUGCUGCACAACAGCUACGCGCUGCAUGGCAUCCGCUACAAGAACGACCACCUGGAGCUGGCCGUGCUCCUGGACGCGGAGGGCAAGCCCUACCUGCACGUGUCGGUGGAGCCCCGCGGCCAGCCCAGCAAGAUGUACGCGUGCGAGGCGGGCUGCCUGCAGGAGCCCGUGGAGCUGACCUCGGCGCCCGGGGGCCACACCUUCUCCGUCAUGGUGACGCAGCCCAUCACGCCCCUGCUGUACCUCUCCACCGACCUCAGGCACCUGCAGGACCUGCGGCACACGCUGCACCUCAAGGCCAUCCUGGCCCACGACGAGCACAUGGCCCAGCAGGACCCCGGGCUGCCCUUCCUCUUCUGGUUCAGCGUGGCCUCCCUCAUCACCCUCUUCCAUCUCUUCCUCUUCAAGCUCAUCUACAAUGAGUACUGCGGGCCUGGAGCCAAGCCCCUCUUCAGGAGCAAGGAAGACCCCAGUGUCUGAGGGAACUGCGUGCGAGUCCUGCUCUCGGCCGCCAUUUGCACAAGACACCCAGCCCCGGGCAUCCCGCCGCAGUGAUCGGGGGACCCGGAAGCACCCACCCUCUGUGCCUUGUGGGGGACAGUGAGGCAGAAGCGUGUGGAGACGCGUUUGCACUGGAAGCGGAGGGGCCGGCGGACUUCUGGAAGCUUUCCACUCAAUAAAACGAACCCAUAUGGAAAAUACUUGAAAUUAGACUCCCUCCUUCCCCACCCCCUCUCUCGGGUCCCAGGAAGCAGGCCCUGUGUUGAAAAGACUCCUUUAGGAAAAACGUGUUCUUUUCCUAACUUAACGUGUUCUUUCUUGAGUUUCUAAUUUAUUUUUGUGGGGUUUCUCGGGGUGGCCUUUGCCUCCGCAGUCGAGGGCGCGCGGGCGGCGACGUCUGAGCCGCGUCGCCUGCACCGCGUCGCCUCUCGUCCUGAGCUUGCGGGGCCUGCGGGUUUGUACUUUCCGGCUUUGGGGGGUGUUUCUAGCAACGGAUGAUUGUUGGUUUUGAAAUACCAAAGCUUUUUUUUUGUUCUGUUUUUAAAUAAAUACCUUUCAAGCUUU